UUUUUAAUUCUGCCUCGAGCUUACCCUCGGUUCGCCUCGAGGCUUACGCCUCGUGAGGCGAAGGGAAAACGCCUCAAAACUCGUUUCCGUUCUUUUAAACCUUGGUGGCAAUUAGGCAGUGGCUUGCACAAGUCUAACAUGUAACUUACGUUGCACACACGCACAUACAACAUAACACGAAUACGUACACACAUAAUGACAGUCACACCUGUGAACACAAACAUAUAUACUAAUCGAUUGGAUGGGAAGAAACUGAGGUUGUAUGUUGGAUUAACUGGUGAGGAAGUCUACAUAGCGUCCACAUCACCCGCCUUUGUACUACAAGUGCAAGAAAGCAGUUAUUACGAUUAAUUUCAUAGGUUUGACUUGCAAUGGCUAAAGUCAAUAAGGUACCGCAACGAUCUGGAUCAAAGGUGACAAGCCCAAAUUCUUUACGACCAUUCCAAUCAAAGAUCGCGAAAGAUUCCCGUCGCAAAAAACAAAAGAACGCAUCCGAAAAGAAGGAAUGGCGAGAUGCAAAAUGUUCGGUUUGUCUGGAAUACCCGCACAACGCUGUUCUUCUACUGUGUUCUUCGCAUCACAAAGGCUGCCGCUCAUACAUGUGUGCAACCAGUUACCGUUAUUCCAAUUGUUUAGACCAGUACAAGAAAGCCUACACCAAAGUCAACGGGUCAAUUGAUGACCCGAGCUUUAGUUCAGGUUCAGAUGAGCUUUUAUGCCCGCUUUGUCGUGGUCAGGUAAAAGGGUGGACUGUGGUGAAACGGGCCCGUAAGUUUCUGAAUUCCAAGAAGAGGAGUUGCAUGCUAGAGAACUGCUCGUUUGUUGGGUCGUAUAAAGAUUUAAGGAAGCAUGUUCGGGCCGAUCACCCUUCAGCUCGCCCUCGAGAAGUUGACCCGUCGCUUGCAAAGAAAUGGAAGAAGCUUGAAAACGAUAGGGAGUUAAACGAUGUGAUGAGCACGAUUAACUCAACAAUGCCCGGGUCGAUCAUAAUGGGGGAUUAUGUAAUUGAAAGGAAUUUUCGCGACGUGGAUUAUAAUUAUCUGGAUAAUGUUAUUCUGCAGUUAGAAUCAAGAAAUUCUAUAUUUGGAAGGGGUUAUGAAUCGUUCGAUGAUGAUGAUGAUGUUGAAAGUGAGGAUGAAAUUGUGGAACGUAUUCACAUUCCUCGAGUUGCCCGUCGCCGCCAAGGCAGGGUGCUUUAUGGCGGCUCGAGGAGGCGGCGUGAUGUGUAAUGGAGGCGGGUUGGGUGUUUUAUGGCGGUUUAAGGAGGCAGCAUGAUGCAUAGUGGAGGGAUUGGAUGUUAUUUGAAACUAUAGUUAUUGGAUGGCAUGGUUUUGUUUCUUGUUUUUGUAAGUUAUGGUUUUUAGGUAUUUAUUCUGCUUAUUUAACAUCUUAUGAGUCUAUAUAGACAUUAAAAUUUUCCGACCCACAAUAAUCGACUGCACAGCGUAGAAUCA